CACAAAUACUUCUCAGAACCAAAAGUCUCGUCAUUGUCAUUAUUGUGGACGAACUAGACAUCUUAUAGCUAAAUGUAGAACCAGACAAGCAGAGCAAAAAUCUAGAGAUGAUCGAAAAGAUGAUAGAAGAAAUAAUUAUAGAAGAGAUGAUUACAGAAGAGAUGAACGUAGAAGAUCUUGUUCUCGUAGCCGUGAUCGCUCUUAUAGAAGUUUUUCACGAGACAGAAGAAAUUCUAGAGAAAAUUUUCGAGAAAGAAGCAGAUAUUUAGACUCUUAUAAUGAUAAUAGUAGGAGAACUGGCUUCCGCUCUCUCUCACCUUAUUGUAGAGACAUUAACUACCUUGGUCAUGACAGUACUCCAUCUUUAGCCUCUCCAGUUCCUUCUAAUAACAAGUGGGAACACUUCCUUGACAACCCCUCUAUCCGCAUAGCUAU